ACCCGAAAAUGAAAACUUACUACACGCACAAGAUGACUUGCUUCAAGCGGUUGUAUUAGCAUGCAAUGGAAACUCUAGGAAAUCUCUCACGAGAUGCAGAAAGGUAUUAAAGGUCGCUUGCUUGUAAUUUUGACCUAGAAGACGUGAGAAAUGCGUGGCUAGCUGAAGCCGUUUUCGUCAUGUCUCAAAAAGUGAAUUGAACAUACAGUACACCACGUUUUUCUUCUUCUCCGGUGGUUUCCUUUUGUGGCUAUCACAACGACCCUUGUCUCCAAAAAAACACUCUUAUGAACUAGAUUGCCCCAAACGAAUAUUUUUAUAUACACUUGAGCUCAUGUCUGUUCCUUGUUGAUCUUUAAACCCUGCUAAUAAUGUAGAUGCGAUGACAAUAUGUAUUGUACUUGACAAGAAUUAUAUGCCGCUAAGAUCUGAAUUUAAGUUACAUUAAGUCAAAUUAUUGUAAAUCAAAACUUUUCUUGUGAAAGUGAAAGAAGUAGCUUCAUAUGUGUACCUUGCAUAUUUUAGACUUAAUUUGCUCACCUAAUAGAUAGAAAAUCCGUGCAUUGCAGUUAGAUAAUUAAACAUUUCCCCUUGAAUUCAGUUUCAGUGCAUUUCCACGUUAUUUCCGCUUACGGAAAUGCACUUAAUUCUAGCUACGUUUUAGUUUUUAAUUUAGCUACUUUCUCUCAUUAGAAGAUAUACUCUAAAAGCCAAGUUCUCCAUUUUUUCUAGAAUCUGUCGCAUGCAAAUGAGGAAAUACCACUUAAUUCUUAUCGACAUCAUAGUUUUCCACUUUGUACCCUCUUUAUGCAGUUUAAUUAAGGGGGAAACAUGUGUGAAAAAUAAUCCCUUACUAGAGUCAGUAAGGCCUGUAUACACAAGUGGGCAAGUUGCGGACAAAAUUAAUUUUAAGCAAAAUGUUGUGACAAUAGAAUUGUGUCCUUGUCAGAGAAUUUUGUUUCUUUUUUAAGAGUGAUAGUGUCAGUGAAGGGGACCUGUGAUUGCCCCAGUAACCUGUCUUCACUCUGUGUACUUAAUUGCAACAUGAACUUUGUUGUUUCAGGUGUUAAAUUAAGCCUUGAAAACUUGUCAUGGCAGUGAAUACAAACCAGUGUAUAACAGCCCUGUAUAUAGCGGUCAUCCUGUAUAUUACGGUCAAAGCAACUUCCCAAAAUUUUCAGUUGCCUUAUAUUUUCUGCAAAGUUUACCUGUAUAUAGCGGUCACCCUGUAUAUAACAGUCACCUUGUCACAGGGUGCAAAGAAAAUCAUUUUUAGAGCUUGCCAUUCAGGCAAGCUGAAGCUAGCACUUACUAGCCCAGACGUCAUUUCAAAUAGCCCCAAAAACUUUUUGUUCUUCUGUUAUUCAAAUUCCUCAUAAAACAUCACUUGCCCAUCGGGCAAGUUGAAAACAGAAUUCACUAGCCAGAUAGCAAAAUCCACUAGCCCCGGGCUAUCGGACAGUACUUUCUUUGCACGCUGUUGUCAUUUCUUAAGGGUGGUUGUUGUACACGGGUUUGACUGUAAUUUACUCUCUCUUUGUGAAACGAGUGCAAAAACGUCAUGCAGGGCUGUCACUAAGGUGCUAGAUGCCUGGGAAUUUCCCCUGGCUAUUCUGAGCAUAACUCACGGAUGCUCUCAUGGGACACAAAAGGAGACUGAACCAACAGAACUUUCUUGCUGUUCAACUACCACCUUCUAAUUGCAUAUGAAAUGUACCCUUCAACUUAAAAUGGUAGUGACAGCCCUGCAGAUGUAUAAAAGAACUGAUUACCACAGAAAAGCUCAGAGGGUUUAUUUUUUAACAGUGUGAUGCUGCUUCUUUGUAGUGAAAGAGCAGCAAAGUUUUACGAACAAGCUCUCCUGUUGGUUGAUUGUUGUAGGAUCCCAGAGGCCAUUAGAUUGUUGGAACAGGUUUGUGAAAUUCCUGUAGUUCUUAUGAAAAAUUAAUAUAAAAUAUUGAGGGUAAGGUACAUUGUACCAAAAACGAAAUAAGCUUGCCUGUGGUAAUUCAGGCUGAUUUGCGUUCUCUUACAUACACUGUAUCAUUUACUCAAAAUAAUUUUUUAUUGGACUUCAUGUUCUUGAAUCCAUAUGCUGUAGUCAUUUCCAUCAAUUUUUUCUUUAGGGGCUACAUGCACCCAUGUUUGGGUUAAAGGGCUUAUCAUGAUCUGUGAGCUGUUAUUUACAGCUAAAUUCCCAAAGGGGAAGGAUUUUAGCCAUCAGCAUCCUCACUCUCCCCUCUCUUUUGCUAACAAAUUUCAGGAAUGUGAGUUUGCUUCUGUGUCCAUGGGCUUUAUCUGAUCGUCUAACCAUAAUUUAUUUUUCAGGCCAUUAGAAUCAGUCCUGAUUCUGAAAUCUACAAAGAAUCCCUGGCUAUUCUUCAAAUGAGCUAUUUUCCCUCAGAACAACAGGAUGUUAGUUAUGCCAGUGUCACUAGACCAAAGCUGGCCGAGGAUGAUGGACAAGAUUAUAUCUCCUCAUAUGAGUGGAAGACAGAGACACGAAAGACCAAAGAUAAUCCAAAUAAGACUUCUUGGUCCUCAACUUUGUCCUCGAGUUGCCAUGAUGUUGGUCAUGAACAAUCUAGCAUUGAGAAUCCUUGGGCAUCUUUUGUGAAAAGAAAUUCAAGGAGGAAAAAAUCUCCCAGAAGUCCAAUUGAUGGUAUUAGUGAAAUUGAAAUUCCUCCUGUAAAUGACGACUUUUACUCAGGUAGUCCAAGUUACCAAGAAAAAGAAAACACUCCUAUAUCAACUAACAACUCACAGAAAGGCAGGCAUACGGAUGAGAGGUCUGUGGGACAUACACAGGAGCACUGUAUUGACGGAUCAGCUGAUUUUGUGUUCAAUAAAGGCAACUGUGCUGAAAAUGAAUGUACAAACGGUAAUGGAAAUCUUGAUGCAAAAUUUAUGAAAGAGUUUUGUAUAGCACGUGAAUCAGCCACUGAUGAUUGGGACAAAUACUAUGAGGUUUUGUGUGGUGGAAUAGAAGAAAAGGAAACUUGUAGUAACACAGAUACUUUAUGCCAGAACACCACCAACAAAGUUCAGGAAAGUUCUGAUUGUUUGGAUGAAAUUGAUGAAACGGACAAGGACAAAUGUAGGAAUUACAAAGGAAAGGACCACUUGACUGAGAGGCUUGAUUGUAGUUCUGGUAGCAAUGUUUGCUCAAAAUGUGGACUCUCAAGAGAAAGUGGAAGUCCCUCGUCAAGCAGGACAAAAAACAGAAUUCAUUUUGUUAAUGGGGUUUGUGUUUCUAGCCCAAGUGGACAAACUUGUACUUGUAACAAACAAUGCAAAGGUAGUUCACAAAGACAGUCUGCCAAGGAUCCACUUUCGUCUUCACAGCAGGAGUUUUAUCACAAUCUUCGACAAUACUUCGGAAGCAGUAAAGUCAAAACCGGAAAGGCAGCAAAGGAAGUUGAAAAUGAUGCGAGGAGUUCUGAGUUAAAUCAGAAAUCUUCUUCAGCUUAUAGUUUUGAUACAAAUGUGUCAACAACCUCUGUAAAGAAUGAUGAACCUUUCAAUGCUAAACCAAAACCUAAUGUUUGUGAAACUGCACAACAUAGUGUUAAAGGUGAAUUGAAAAGCGAGCGAAGGAAUUCAAGGGAACAUGUCAAUAACUGCAAAGUUACUGCCGCUGACACUGGCUCUGAGUCCAGAAAGGCGAAAACGUCGCUUGAUUCCAAUCAGAUGAAAGCAGACAAGAAAUCAUCUGCUAAAGAGAAAUUCCAACCUGUAGACAAACAAAAACAAAGAAGUCACAACAAAGUCCCAAGUAAAACCAAAGGAUCAACAAAGGCUGAGCACUCAAAGGACAAGGUGGAUGGUGAAUCAAAUGGUGAUGACACACAAAGACAGCAUUCCAGAGCAAAAGAAGGUGUCAAUUCAAAGGUUAACCACAAAAAAAGAGUUGCUGAAGACACCUCCAGACCUGCGCCAGAACCAGAAACCAUGAAGAAACCAAAUCGGAAACAGAAAGAAAGAAAAACCUCUAAAGCAGUGGCUUAUUGCACUGGGCUUGUUGAAGCUGUUUAUCAAAGAGGUAUUUGUAGCAUGCAGAUUGUACAAUGUAUACUGCAUUUUAGGUAUGCUUGUCUUCCAAAGUACUGUAGCUCUCUCAAUAAAAAGCUAAGUGGGAACCCUGUGUGUGUCACUUGGUUGGGUUAACUGUGUAUGUCUUCAGUCACUCUUUAAUGAACUAUUUCAAUGUAUUUGGUGAGGUUCGUGGAGGCUUAUGAAAGGCAAUUUUCUUCAUGUAGGUUUAAAGUUGGCAUCAAAGUGUCUCCAUGUUUCAAAGUGGAUUGCUUAUUACGUCCUCUUUCUGGUUUGCUUGAUCAUCACCUUUAUUCUAUUCUGGUAAGCAAAUCUAUCAACCUAUAGUCAAACCUUCCAUAAGUGACCACCCAAAAAGCAAAGACUAGGUGGUCGCUUACAGGAAGUGGUCAUGAACAAGAAUUGAACCACUGGGGGCCUCUUCCAAGAAGAGGUCUAGGCACAUCUACAUGUACUUUGUGGAAGAUAAUUUAUUGCAUCCAAUAUCCAAGUUACGACAUCUGUAGUUCCAUGUUGUCACUAAAUUUUUUCAUAUAUUCUAAGUAGCAUGGUGCACACAGCUACAUGUAAAAUAGAGAUCAGCAAAUGCAUCAAGCGGUCACUUACUAUAGGUAAAAAACAAUGGAAAAUGAAUAACCACCAAGCCCAAAAAGUGGUCACAGUCUCUUACAGGAGGUGUUCGUUUACUAGAGGUUCCAACUGUAAGACUUUGACUCAGAAAAUUUUGGUGUUUUGGAUUGGCGAUCACUUACGAGAGGUGGUUGCAUAUGGAGGUUUGACUGUAUUUUGAUGUUACUGUGUUAGGCCAAUGCAGGGGUUUCAAUAAGCCCUGAUGACUGACGAAACGCGUCAGCUACGUUGCUCAGAGAAGUCGGCUCCUUUUUCCUCCGAGGAAGAAACAACUAGUUUGAAUAAUGUGAUGGACAAAAAUAUAAUAAUUGUUCUUGCGGAAAUGUAUGUAACUUAGCAUAGUUAUCAUUUGUCCAUUGCUUGCAGGAGUUAAUUGUGUGGCUAAUAAAUCAGAAUUUGACUAAAACCCAAAUCUUCUUGAAUGGAAAACUUGCUCUUUUAUUGUCAGUUUAGUCCCCUAAAUGCUGGAAAUUGGUUAUUAGGGCUUUGCAAUUUUAAAAUUUUCGGAGGAAGCAUGCCCCCAGACACCCCUUGAAAACAUGGACUGUUGAUACAGUUGGUUACUCAAUUCAAAUCUGCUGGCUACUUCGAAUUUUAGUGAAACCCCUGCCAAUGCUAAGGGUCCAGGCAAGCUAGGAGUCUUGUAACUAAAUCGUAAACUAAGAUUAGAAAACUAUAGUAAGAGCUGCUUGUUCAGAAAGGACAAUCUGAAAUUCAACUCUUUAUCAAGCAUCAAAGGCUCCUUAUUUUGUAAGGAGUAGUGACUUGGAUAUUGACAAUUGAGUGAUGUAAACUUUGUUGUUUUAUCUUCUCAGUGUUUGGUAUUCUGCUUCAUGGCUGGUCAGAAAGGUAUUUCACCUUUUGAAAAUGGACAGGUUGUUUGGUGCUGUGAGGAGCAGAAUCUCACCUCUGUUCGAGUGGCUUAGGAAGCGCAGAGGAACACAACAAACGGCUGCUACGCAAGGACCAACCUAUGACUUACCCAAGAAUGGUAAUUGAGUGUACAUUAGUGAGGGCCUGGGAUGUGUUUUGUUAUUAGGCAAGAUUCUUGCAGUGCUGGCUACUGGCACAUUUUUACAACUACUUUGUACAUACAUGUAACAUAGAGAGGGAGGUUUUUGUGAAAUAUUCAUUUUGCUUUAUUCAAAUACAAAACUAAUCCCUACAGCAAAUCAGAGCUAAGCUCUUUAAGCACAUGGUAGCCCAUGCUGCCCUACCUUUGCUCUUGGUCGACUAAACAGUCUUAGCGUUUUUUAACAGAAAUCCUACUCUAGGCACCCUGGAUUUCACAGGUUUGGAGGAUUGGGCUCCCUUCAGUUUUUCUAAGAGAAGAGCCUUUCAUAUUAUGAUCACUUAAAGUGUCUUCCUUUUUACUAUUUUUUAUCCAGGGGAUGCUGCAAUAACACACAUGCUGCAAAAUAAGGAUAGUGACCCAUACAGGUUUGUGUGUAACAAGCAUUUGCCUCAGGGGAAGUGCAUGAAGUUUGUAUGGGUGUACAUUGAAACUUGUGUUAACCACAUGCCUCAACCUUCUAAUGCUAGUAUCUGGGUUAUAGCUACAUGUCUGCUAAAUUCUGUUUAGUUUUACAGAAAAUACAUAUGUGUAUGAGGGAAAAAAACAUUUAGGACUAAUAUUAUAUUUAUGUUUAGUUGUGUGUGCUGACGGUGAUACAGGGUGGCUUGUUUACAUGUUAAUGAAAACAUUAGCAAAAUGGUGUUUAUGUGCAUGAUUAGCAUAAGGCGGCAUCAAGGCAACAGCAUGACGAUAGACCUAUUCGGCUAACUCAAUGCUGUACCCAAUUCAAACCCUUUGGGAAUAAAACUUUUUGUUUCAGGAAUUUCCGUACAUUUAAAUGAGAAUGCCACAUUAUGAUGCAAAUACAAUACACAAAGAAUCUUAACCCCGGGAGAUUUGAAUUGGGUACAACAUUGAGUUAGCCAAACAGGUCUAUUGCAGGAGAAGAGGAGUUUCAUGAGAAGCUCAACUUUUUCUUGUGUUUAUACAUGUACUUGUGUUGUGUCAUUUACACAUAAUAAUGACAAUGACUAGUUACAUGUAAAUUCUUCCAUUCCUCCAUUUUCCCUCCCAUCCAUUCUUUCAUUGCCAUUGCCAGAAUAAAAAAGGUACAAUGAAAAGUGCAAAUAAUGAUUUUAUAGCAAUUGGUGGUUUGUAAUAUUGCAGUGUCCUUGGAGUACCUAGUGAUGCUUCAGAUGACGAUAUUAGAAGACAAUACAGGAAACUUGCUGUACUAAUACACCCGGACAAGGUAUGGGACACUUUCAUCAGUGGUCUUAACUAUUGUGGUAGAAUUAUACUACAUGUAUUUUAAAUGAUAGACUGAAAGCACAGUUUGGGAAAGGACAUCAUCAGCAACUCUUCUUGGACAAGUCAAGUCGUGGUAUAAAAGAAUUAUGGUUGGAGACAUGCCGGGUUGAGGAGAUCCUCAAUCAGAAAUCUAAGACCUUAUGGAAAAAAAUGAAACCUAAAGACACAAGCACACAAUAAUGAUAUGGCUUUGUGGGUGAUCAGAAAUGCUUCCCAGUUAUUGAGAUUGCCAAGCCUUUGCUUAAGUGUUGUGUUGCUAACACUGUUUUUCUACAACUGGGUGGUGACAGACCAUAAUUAUGUCACAGUGCUUCAAAGCUGAGGAAGAACUAAAUGGCAGUGAAUUGCAUGCUUCAAAUUCCUACUUUCAAAAUUUAUCCAACUUUUGAACAUGUCACCAUGCAACAGAACUACCAUGAAAAUUAAUGAUUACCAGCAGUGUUAAUGUUACUUUUUCACUUAGAACCCACAUGGUCAAGCUGAUGAAGCAUUCAAGAUUCUUGCCAAUGCUUUUGACAUUCUUAGUGAUGCAGUAAGUGCCCAAAACAAUACCUACAUGCAGAUUAAUUUUGUUUUGCUAGAAUAGAACAAAAGAAUAGGGAGGAGAAGUCAUUAUAUCACAUUGCCAUGGUAGCAAAAUUUUUGGAUGACAACAAACCGAAAAUUCUCUUAAAAAGUAAAUUCGCACUGUUUCAAACUUUAUCAAUCUUAUUCAAUUUCAUUUGAUUUGUCAAAUGUUGGUGAAAUUUUCUGGGUUGAAUCCAAAAGGACCGUAUCUAAGUUUAGAAAAAGGAAAAGAAAAAACUUUUGUGUUGUGUUCACCUACUCCGUAAAGCGGGCGCAUGAAAUUAGGAAGUUUCAUGUUGCAGUCGUGCAAUGAUGGCUAAAAAAUGUGCAAAAAAGCAUGAUGCACGUUCAAAGUGUUGUUGUUUUACUGAUAUAACCUUAUUGCUUUUUUUGUUGUUCUUGUUGCCGUCGCCGUUGUUGUUGCCUAAGAUCCCUUUUGUUGUCUUCCAAACAAUUUUGCUACCAUGGUAACGUGACGUCACACUUCUGUCCAUUAAAUAUUACAUAAAAAUACUGUGAAAGAGAGUGCAUUUAUUUCAGUCACAUUAUUUGAUUUCAUCCAUGCUUCAAAAGUUAAAACUGUGCACUAAAUUUAGGCAUCCUACUGAUGAACAGUUGGGACACGUAGAUGCAUUUUUUAGCAACUACUAUAAUUUGCAGUCUGUCUACUUUGAAUACGUUGCACCUUAUGAAAAAGUACUGCACCCAAUUAUUCAAAAGGUGGAUUUGUUGGAUGGAUAGCACCAUCCAACAUUUCAGCAUCCAAAGCCUGGUGAUGUUUUAUUUGAAUAGUCACAACCAUAGGAUUUUCUUGAUGGACACAUCAGUUGUGAUUACACACACUUUACUGGGUAUUGUUUGUUAACAUUACACUUGUAAUAAUUUACAAUGUAUGUUUAAAACAGGAUAAGCGCAGAGAUUAUGACAGAGAAAUGGCGUGGAAGAGGAGAGAGGAGGAAUGGGCAAGUGCCAGUAGAAAGGUGAUUUUAACCUUAACAACAGUAUCCCUUACUAUUCGCCAUUGUGGCACUGCCUAUAAUACACCUUAUUUCCCCUCCAACAUUUUGCAAAACUAUUGUUUCCAGUUUCUUGUGAGCGUGACAGUGAUCCUAACACAAACUGAAAACUAUGAUUAAGGGGAAUGCAAAAGUAGCAAUUCCCCCCUCCCCCCACCCCCAGAUGUGAUACCAGUCCAAUACAGCGCUGGAAAAGAGUUUACUACUGGCUCAAAUUCCCCCAGAAAACAGAGACAUCGGGUAAUUUUCAUGGUGCAGUUUAGUAACACUGUAAUAUAUUCCUUGUAGGAGGGAAGUUCUGGCCAUCCUACCAGUCCUGAACAAUUUUUUGCUGAUCUUGGAAAGAAGAUGCAAGAGGUAUGAUACUGUGAUAGAUCACGCAACUUUUCCAGGGGUAGAUUGAUCAAUAUGUUCCUGACAGUUAAGUUAGUAUAUUACGUAAAACUUAAGUUUGUCCAAAAUGUAUGAAUAUUUUGCACGUCCAGUGAAAAGAUUUUCAGUCAAUUGGUGAUGGGGGAAUUAUCCUUGUAAGGAUCAAGGAAGACAACUCCAGUGGCAAUAAUUACAGUGUGAAGCAAAUUUCUCUCGCGGCACAACCAAUCAGAAGCACUACCCAGAUCUGGGUAGUAACACGUCAUCAGUAUGGAAUUUUUGCACUCGUUUCUCAGACGUCAUUUCGUGAUAAAACCAGUGAUGGCGUCGAGAAAUGUCGACUGAUUUCCCAGAGUAUAAUUUUUUCUCUAGGGAUUGUCGAGCAAGCAAAAUACGCGAGCGUGCACCCCUGGAAAAUGAGGGACUGCUCAUAGUCUCACACGUAUUUCUUAACGGAGUGACGAAUAGAGCCUGUUCCAGGUGGUCAGAUAGUGAAUUAUGGCGCGAAGUCAGCGAGCGGGAAAAAAAUAAGGGAGAGGAGAGGGAGAGGGAGAGAGAAGGGAAUGCUCACUCCCUACCCCACCCCUUGGUGUUUUUCCUUUUCACAUCUCUUUGCACUGUCCCACAAUCUGAACGGCUGUGACAGGCUAUGACUAACGCGCAUGCUUCAUACACACAAGUCUCAGAUAUCUCUCUUUUUUAACGUAGAUGCAAAAUUAUUUACACUGUAAUCAGUGUGAUGGAAAACACCGACGCUACAGCACAGACCGGUUUGUUCUGACGGCGCGGUAUUGCAGUCGUUGUAACACAAGACAUGCUGCGAAAGAGGUAAGGAAUCACAAUGUUUCAGUAUCAACGAACAAAUUCUCCUUUCCAAGCUCUAUUCAUUUCUCAUACUGCUGAUAAGGAGAAGUUGUUUCUUAUCGGCUUGGUUUAAAUUUGGCGAUCAUUUCCUCAAUUUUGAUGACCUUGAUCGUCAUAAUCUAAUUUUAUUAUUUUGUCUUGGUUUUUUCCAGGGAGAUUUGUGGGCGGAAAGCAGUUUUCUUGGUUAUAAGAUUCACUUCUACGCUUGCAUGGAAGGUGAAGUCUAUGAUGUCACUGACUGGGCAGCGUGCCAGGUACAUCUAUACACUUAGCAGAAAUUCUCAGAUUUGUCUUCAUUGCACUCUGGGUAUCAGAGCUCUUUUCUCGAAUACGGUGGUAAGCUUCGGUGUCGGUCACAGGCCGACUCAUCUUAAGCCACGAGAAAAACUUGCGAAAUCGGAAAGCGCGCGUGAUAAUUCUCUGGCGCACAGAUUUUUAAUACCUACACUGGAUUGUCCUAAAAGUGCCAAAGGCGUGUUUUAGGGUGCGAGACAGUAGAAACGUCUUAUUUUGACCAUCUGAUGACUGCAAGUAAUCAUUCUGGGAAUGAUUCUUCGGAGCCUGUUAUUUUAACGAGGGAUUCUUUUUGUGGUCCUCUUAAAUGGUGUUCAAUCAAAAAUUACAGUUAUACAACACAACUGGGUACGGCAUCCUCGUUUUAGAGUUUCUCUUCGAUUCUUGCUCUGAACUGGCCAAUCACAACAGAGGCAAAGAAUCCGUUGGACCAAUCAGAAUUUCAAACGUUUAGCGCGGGAAAAAACGCGGGCGAGCAAUUUACGAUUGGUUGGUUUCUUAUUGGUUAAAAGUGGCGGGAAAUCAAAGCAAACGCGAAAUUUCCUUUUGAAACAAUUCUGAAAACUAAGUGCUUAAGGAAAGAUCUGUUGUUUGCAGGGUCUCGGCAAUUAUCGAUUGGAGGCCAAUCCUCAUACGGUUCACCUAAAACUCAAGACUCGACAAUCCUCUCCUGGCGGCUUUAACUCAAGGUAGGUUCGUUUAUCUUAUAUGUAAAUUGCUCUUUAGAGGGUUUCAAUUGGAUGGUGGCAUUUACGGUUAAUGUUUAGUAUUUUUCGCAUUUCUACGGCUAAAGGUUAAUUUCAGUCUCACCGUUACGGUUAACAGACAUCUGAAGGACAAAAAAGUUGUUUUGAAAAAAAGUCAAAAGUUUUUUUUGGUCUAGGCUUCUAAGAGCCUUUUCAAAACGGUAAACACAGGUUGAAAUAGUGUCCAUCAGCCACGAGUUCAUUCAUUUUUUUUCAAGCGCUAUUGAAACUUUCUCCUUGACUAGUGGCCUUAAAAUCUUUUACGGUUAACUUUCUUUUACGACUAGAGGAGGCGUGUGGUGCCGAGCGGUUAACACCUCGAACUCCGGAUCUGGGGGUCCAGGGUUCAAGCCUCGCCCGUCGCGUUGUUUCCUUAGACAAGGAACUUCACUCCACUUUGUCCCUCUUCACCAAGGUGAAUAAAUGGGUACCGGCGACAUACUGCAUGGGGGGUAACCCUGCGAUGGACUAGCAUCCCAUCCAGCGGGGAGUAGCAAUACUCCUAGGCAUGCUUAAUGCUAAGGAAACCGGGAUAAACUUCGACCGUUUGGGCCUUUGGCUUGUGUGUGCCCUUACCUUUUUUUUUCCCUUCUUAUUACGACUAACGAUUAAACAAUUUCGUUUCUUACGUCUAACGACUAAAAUUUUUACUCUUUUACGGCCGACUGUUGACGCUACUGUGACCCUCUGUUAGUCUCUAGCAUUCAUUUGUUGUGUAAGAACAUGAAACUCAAAGCUUCCCCAAAUUCUACCCAUUUUUUGUUGUAUUAUUCUCCAUCUAUUCAGAUUUUACCUUGUAAAAUGGUUUUUGUUUGCUGCUUUUUUACAGGUCAGAAGAAGAAGAUUUUGAAAAUUUCAUGCGUGCAUUUUUCGGUCAGUUUAACCCGCCUAGGGAAGAACGAAACCAAGGAUCAAAUAAGCAGCCCAAGAAACGCAAGAGAAAGAAGCGCUAACUAACAGCUGAUAGGUCCUACAUAGACCGCUUGUGUUGUGUAAAAGCCGUCAGAGCUAACGUGUGACCUUUUUUGUGCUAAGGGUUUCUGAUCGUAUAUUCUUCUUCGAAGUAGUCUUCGGUUGAGUAAGGGUCCACAGACUCAAAAGUUAGUACCACCUUGUACCGUAUAAUAAGCAAUACCACGGGAAAGUGAUGCUCAGUAGCUGCUCCUUGUUGGUCACUGUUAGGUUUAGGUUUCUAAGAGUGGUAAUACUGCAGGAUUCUUGGGUUAGAACUACCUUGAAGAGUACGAUAAUUAGACUCCUGGACGAAAAACUACAGUGUAACCAUUCAAGUGAUCAUUUUCCAGAGGGUUAAGUUUUCUUUUCUCGCUCUUCAUAAGGGAAGGGCUUGUUUAACCUUAAGUUAGACAAUGAGCAGUUUUCUCGAUCUUCGUUCUUCCCUUUUUUUUCUUUUUUUCGAAAAAGAAAAAGGCCACGCGCGCGACUGCAGCUGACACCCUCGCUGCUCGCGUGCGUACCACCCCGACCAACUUCGAAGAGAGUAAGGGAUAGAAAAAAAUGAAAAAGAAAAAAAAAAAAACUGCUUUAUAUCAAAAUUCAAUUGGUAACCUGUAGGGUUACAGUUCAUAAAAAAACAUUUAGUGUUGUGAAAAAAGAAACCGUGCUAAGGAUUGGUAGAUUACAAAUAUCAAGUGAAGACUCUUGUUCAGUCUGUUUGGGGGUUGAUUAGGGAAUAUAUCUUUAAGAAUGUCAGCCGAUAUAAUAUUAAGUGCAUACGUGGUGAGGUUUAUAUAGAAUU